GUGGUAUUCGAGUCCACGCGCGUCGGUGAAGCGAUGUGGGUGGAAAGGCUGCAGCAGAAGCUGGGGCCAGCCAGUCCCGCCGGCUCUUCCAGCCCCAGAGGGUCAGCAGACCCGGUUUCCGCUGCUCGGACUUAAGUUGCGUGGAGUUUGAGCCUCUUUCCCCCAAAGACAGAAUUUUAACUCCCGGUAGGAAACUUCCCGCCCCGUGUUGCCUGCACGAUAGGUUACACUGGCCAUCGCUAUUUAUCUUCUUGAGGGUGCUGCCUGGGUUGCUUGAGAUUAACUAAAACCAUGUAAUACGAAAACGGAAUGUCCAUGAGAAGUCUCUCACAAGGGUCAGGACAUUGUUAAACUGGCAGAGUAACCCAAAGCUCGGCUGAUGUUUACUCGUCUCUAGGGAAGAGCGCUCGUGUAUAACCUGUCUUACUGAACAUAAAAGCCAAGCAGAGUUUAAAAGGGGAAAAAGAACAUUAUCGGCCUGUGAAAGAGUUCCCAGCUCCUCCGUGAACUGAUUGGCCGAGAGCUAACAAGGAGAGGGUACGCCUUUGAACAGAAUGAUAAGUUAUCAGGGUAGGCACUUGCAGUUACUUGCUGUUCUUGAAGAAACCCUGUGAUUUCAGCUGAGGAGCUCGUGUUUUGUGCUCAUCUCCAAGUACUGGGCUGCUAAUGUCUUUCUAAUGACUUCCAGAUUGCGCCACUUAUUUCGUUGCAAUUUCUCAGUGAGCAUCCAGCAGCUUAAACAACAAAUACUGAGCGUCUGCUGAUUGCCAGGCAUAGUUUGAGGUGUGAAGAUAUAGCACUCAACAAAACAACUCCCAUCCUCAAGGAACUUCAGUUCUACAGGAGGAUACAAAUAGCAAAUAAGAUCGACCUGUGCAGACCCAACCACCAGAUGUACCAGUGGCUGUCCGGAAGCUAAUGUUGAACACGUCUUCCAGGUGUUCCUGCCACAAGAUAAGGAAACCAGGCGCGGUCAGAUCAAGGAGCUGCCCAGGUCACUGAAUAUAUUUUAAAAAAAAGAACGCAGGGCCUUGAUGAUCAUACUGUGCUGCCUGUAGCUCUUGGCCAUCUCUUGUUUCAUUGGCACAGUGAUCAGAAAGUAAACUGGGAUGUGCGCACGAUGGACAGCAAGGACGUAGAAGCUGAAAUCCACCCCUUGAAGAAUGAAGAAGGGAGGCUGCAGGAGAGCCUGGGAAACCAACUGAAAAAGGAAGGUCACCUGAAAAGUGCGCCCCCACAGUCCCGCCUCUCCAGGUGCCGGACGGUGGCAUUUUUCCUCUCGCUGUUUACAUGCCUUCUGGUGGUGUUUGUGAUUUCCUUCAUCAUCCCGUGUCCAGACAAGCCGGCGUCACUGGGGAUGUGGAGGGUCAAUUACAACACAGCAGUCACCUACGAUUUUCUGGCCACAGAAGACAUAAACAGGGACAGGGUCCAAGAUGUUCUCUUUCUUUAUAAAAAUACCAACGAUAGCAACAAUUUCAGCCUGUCCUGCGCUGAUGAAGGCUUUUCGUCUCCCUGCUCCUUUGUGGCUGCUGUAUCAGGGGCCAACGGCACCAUCCUCUGGGAGAGGCCCGCAGCCCAGGAUGGGGCCCUUGUGUUGUGUGGUGUCCCCCGGCCAAAAGACAGCGGGGCAUCUUCUGCCUGCAUCCUCGUGGGCAGACCCGGUUCUCUCAUUGCAGUGGACUUAUUUACAGGGGAGACCCUGUGGAAGCAGCCUAGCAGCUUCGGGAGGAAUGCUUCCAUCCUUAGCCCGCUACUCCAGGUGCCCGACCUCGACGCCGAUGGGGCCCCAGAUCUGCUGGUCCUCGCCCAGCACGACAAGGAGGUUAACAGCUACAUCUAUUCAGGCAGCACAGGGCACCAGAUUGGCCGCCCAGCCAGCCUCGGUGUGGAGGGGACCCGCGGCUUCCUGCUCUACGUCACUGGCGCAGGCGCCCACUACGUCCUCCUGCCCUGCGGUGCGCUGGCAAAUUCCCUCUGUGGCCACUCUGUGAAGGGCAUCUAUGAAAAAGUGACCGGGAGAGACAGCCUACUAAGGAGAGACCCCAGCUGGGAGGACAUGCUCAACGCCACCAACCAGAGGCUGCUUUUACACAGCUCUGGAGCCAUCCACUAUCUGGUGAACGUUCCCGGGAAAAGUGGCGAGGACCUCCUCCUCGUGAGUUCAGAGUCCUGUGUGCUGCUAGACGGGCAGGAGCUGGCACUCAGGUGGACCUUCAGUGCACCCCAGGUCCUCAGAAAACCCAUCUUUGGUCACUACAAACCUGACACCUUGGCCGUGGUCAUUGAAAAUGGAACCGGCAUUGACAGACAGAUCCUGCUCCUGGACCUCAGCACUGGGGCAGUCCUUUGGAGUCAAGCCCUUCCAGGCUUCCCUGGGUACCCUCAGUCCGCCAGCCUGCCAACUGCAGACCACCGCUCAGCCUUCUUCUUCUGGGGCCUCUACGAGCAGGAACCCAGAGACACACAGCACAGCCUAUACAUGUUUCACCCCACUCUGCCUGGCAUCCUGCUGGAGCUGGCCAACAUCUCUGCCAACAUCGUUGCCUUCCAAGUGGCCCUGUUCGAGCCCGGCCGCCAUGCCGCCUGCGUAUUCCUUACGGGCCCCUCCAGCCCAGAUGUACCCGGCCUUGUCUCCAUGGCCAAGCACAAGAUAAAGGACCUUGUCCUGAGCAGCAGGGUGGUUCGCCUGACUGAGGGUGGGCACGACAGUGACCAGGCCAUCAGGGACCGGCUCUCCCACCUGCGGUACCGGAGUGAGGCCUAGAUGCACAGCGGCCGGAGCACAUGAGAGAGGCUCCAGCCGCUGAAAUUAAACAUCGUAGGAAGUUGGCCCUUCGUUCAUUUGCUCUGUACACUGACUCCCCACUCCUGAGCCUGGUGACACUCUCCACAGGGUCUCCUUAGUACCCAGGAAUGUGGGUGGGUGAGGGGACACCCAGGCCUCUCCUGCCCAGCAUGCUGUGUCCUUACACAGGUCCUCACUCUGUGCCCCACUGGAGUCACAUACUCAAGGCUAGCUGCCUUCACGGUGGUCUCCCUGUGGGGAAAGCCCAGAUCCAUCCUGCAGAAGUUCCCUCCCCACUUCCCAUCUGAGCUCUUCCUUCUCUGCACUGUUGCCCUGUGGUCAUGGAGCUCAGAGGGUGGUGGUCCCUGGGGUGGCCUCGGCAGCAGCUGGGACCUGAGGCAGUACCAGCCCCCGGCCCUUCCCAGGGCAAUGAGGGAAGACUCUAGCAUGGUUGGUGGCGACUUGCCUUGGGGAGCCCCUUUGACCUGGCCCAUGAAGAGUGGGCCUUGUAGGACAUGAUGAGUGGCACUGCUCAUGGAUGCUGUGAGGGGAGUUUACACCCUGUGCUGGGUGCUUGUGCUGUGAAUUUCCCAAGGAACUGGCCGUAGGACGCACACUGGGGUCAUUUUGCACCCUCUCGAUACACAAUGGAGCCACUGGUCCCUCUGGAGUCCCUGCACCCCUAGGUAUAGCCAGCUCUCCUCCUUCCUGGUGCUCGGACAUCCCCAGCAUUGGUGUCACCUGAUGCAGGACUCACCUCUGUGCCUUGUUGCAAUCCCAGUGCUGCUGUGAUACACUGUGCAGCUCAGGCAGCCCAGGCAAAAAAGCAGCCUGACGACUCUGGGUACCAUGGAAAGAAACCAGAAUAAACGGUUUUUUUGCACUAACUAAAAAA